CGUUGAGUCAAGUGUAUGAAGUGCUUAAAGAUGUCAUCGACGACGACGACGACGAUGGCGCUCGUUGCGCUGGCCGCACUGCUGAUUGCCGCCACAGUGCAUAGCUUGCCUCAAGGUGCACCGGAACACGUUUGCGACACAAUGCUGCCGUUCCAUUCGAGUGGCAGAGAUCUACCCCAGAACAGCGUCUCCCCCUUCGGCAUUGAGACCUCCACCUCUGUGGUUGGCCAGGGACAAACGUUGCGCGUGGACAUCACUGGUGUGCCGGCGGGUUUAACUUUUGGCGGCUUCAUGAUUCAGGCACGUAAUCGCAAUCCUCCCCAUCAGAUUGUUGGCCAGUUUAGUCCGUCGCGUGAUGGCACCAUCAAGCUGAUGAACUGCGAGAAUUCCGUCAACAACUCUGCCACACACAGCAAUGCCGGAAACAAGCCGCAGGUCAGCCUCGACUGGCAGUCGCCCGUGGACUUCCUGGGUCAAGUGGUCUUCAAUGCCACCGUUGCGGAAUCGUACCACAACUUCUGGGUGGGCAUUCCCUCCAAUCCCGUGCAGGUCGUUAGACGCGAUGCCCCUGGCCUAGCUCCACUGCCCACCACGAACCCGCCCACUAACUUUAACUUUGCCAGCACACGUGCUCCUUACGUGCCACCCAGUUAUGUGGUGCCCAAUGCAAGCCCCCUCGUCGAAGACUCUUUCUACGAUGGCUGCGGACAAACGAAAACCUGCUUCGGUUUUCCCGAUGGCUGUGUGGCCAGUAAAUCCUGCAACGGUCUCUCGGCCGUCACCGUGCGCGGGGACAUCUUCGAAUUCGAGUUGCGCUCUGGCAAAGGCAGCGAAGCCGCCUAUGUGGCGCUGGGCUUAUCCAAUGACGCCAAGAUGGGUGAGGAUCUGGCCACCGAGUGUGUGCCCGAGAACGGACGUGUGAAUCUCUACUCCUCCUACACCGCCAACAAUCCUUUCGCCGCUGUACGAGGCAGUGUGUCACAAAACUCGGCGCGUUUGCUGAACGCUUCCUUUGUGGAUGGUGUUAUCUACUGCAAGGUGCAACGCGAUGUAGUCACCACGGUCGAGGGACGCACCUUUGACCUGAAGAACGGCGCCUAUCACUUGCUUAUUGCCACUGGCAAAACCUUGAAGGACAACAGCGUUGGCUACCACGACAUUGGACGCCUGCCCUCCGCUCAACCCAUUAAUCUGGCUGUGGUCCAAGACCUAAGUGGCUCCUCGAUGUUGUUGGUUCGACUUCAUGGUGCUUUCAUGAUUGCCGCCUGGAUUGGCACCACUUCGCUGGGCAUCAUCUUUGCACGCUACUUCAAACAGACGUGGGUGGGCAGCCAGACCUGCGGCAAGGAUCAAUGGUUCGCCUGGCAUCGCAUGCUCAUGGUCACCACUUGGACGCUAACUGUCGUGGCUUAUAUUUUGAUCUGGGUUGAGCUGAAGCGUGCUGUGUGGCAUGCGCAUUCCAUCACUGGCCUCAUCACGGUUAUUCUCUGCUUCAUUCAGCCCAUUGGUGCGCUCUUCAGACCCGGACCCAAUGACAAGUCGCGUCCCUACUUCAACUGGGGACAUUGGCUGGGCGGCAAUCUGGCGCACAUUCUAGCCAUUGUUGCCAUUUUCUUCUCGGUCAAAUUGCCCAAGGCGGAGCUGCCCGAGUGGAUGGAUUGGAUUCUGGUUGGCUUUGUGGUGUUCCAUGUGCUGGUGCAUCUCAUCUUCUCCAUCUAUUUGUGCAUGAAUCAUUGGCAGGUGUCAUCGAUAGCAUCGGAUCGUGAGCAAAGUCAGCGUGUUAACACCUUCCAGAUGGGUGAAGUGUCGCAUCAUCAUCAGCAUGCCAUGCGCAAUGGCAUGAGCAUGGAGCGUAAAAUGGAUGCACCGUAUGGUGGCCUGAGAAAGGGUCUGUUGGGUGUCUAUACGAUUGUGCUGGCGCUGUUUGUUGUGGUGCUAAUACUGCUUGUGGUGCUGGCGCCCAUCGAGAAGGUCUUUGGUUAGAUGAAUGGAUGGACGUCGGUGCUAUAUAUAAUAUAAUCUCUGUGUCCGCUCUCUGUACAGUCCAAUACUCGUGUAGGCUGCAAACUUGAUUGUUUUAUUAUUUUACUUAACCCAAACACACACAGUACGUCGUUCCGCCCUUGUUUUUUAUGUUGUUAUGUGUAAAAUGAAAAUAUGUAGAAAAACAGAAAAGAAAAAUGAAGUGUGCGCUGGGGCAUGCGUUUUCAGUACAUGUUAUAUAAUUUAUUAUUGAUAAAGUAAAACAAAGCCAACUUAAA